AUUCUCGUUCACACAUUUUUAUCAUCACAUUUCUUUUAGCUCCCCGCGUCUGCAAUUUCAUACCCACACACACACCGGGUAACCGUGUGAGUCACCCACAAACAUCUAAGCCCUCUUCCCUUCCGUUUUUUUGCUUUGUUUCCAUUGAUGUUACACCUUCCCCUUCCUCCCUCUUUCUCUCCAUUUUUUGUAUAUAUUGGGACUGUUUAAUAUGGUGAAAGGAAUCAAUUUUGAAGCAAAUCAAUCAUAAAAACCACACACUCUCCAGGGUUUUUGGGAAGAAAACGAAUUCUUUCUCGUGAAAUGGCUGAUGCAGUCAAUUUAUGUUGCAAUUCUCAACGAUUUUCUUAUUCAUUCUUAACUUCACUCUCUUCCUCUUUGAAUUCUUGUCACCGGGCUCUUCCCCCAAAUCAAACACGUUUGCAGAAAAGUUCAGUUUCUGUUUCUGUUUCUGUUUCUGUUUCUGUUUCUGAUUUCUGCUCUGUUAGUGGUGGGGUUCCGAUUGCCUUCAAACGCCGCAGGCAAUUCGGGAAGUUUAAGGUAUGUGCAACCGUUACCGAAACUGAGCCACCCAAAUGGUGGGAAAGAAGUGCUGGACCGAACAUGAUUGAUAUUCACUCCACACAAGAAUUUUUAACUGCCUUGAGUGAGGCUGGAGAAAGGCUGGUUAUAGUUGAGUUCUAUGGUACAUGGUGUGCUUCUUGUAAAGCAUUAUUCCCUAAGCUUUGCAGAACGGCACAGGAGCAUCCAGAGAUCUUGUUCUUGAAAGUCAAUUUUGAUGAGAACAAGCCCAUGUGCAAGAGUUUGAAUGUCAAGGUUCUUCCAUAUUUCCACUUCUACCGUGGAGCAGAUGGACAGCUCGAAUCCUUCUCUUGUUCCCUUGCAAAAUUUCAGAAGAUUAAAGAUGCCAUAUCACUGCAUAACACGGAUCGUUGCAGCAUUGGCCCUCCUAGAGGUAUCGGAGACCUAAACCUCGAAGGCCUCACUUCUUCAAAAGAGAAGCUAUCAGAGUCACCUGCAACUUAAAAAUAAUUGUUUUAUAACAGCCUUUCUUGCAACUCUGCCCCUCUGGAACAACUGCACUUCCCCUGCCGGCAGUUUAUAACAGCAUUUGUAUGUUAUGCUAUUGGUUCAUUGUAGUUGGUAAAUUUUAUGUAUUGUCUAUAAUAGCAAUAUUUUUACUGAAGCAAAACUGAGAAAUAUGUCUCCCAACUUUCUGAGAUAUCAAUUACUGCUCUUGCCUUGUAGCAUUAA